AUGGUGAAGCCUCUUGUGCACGCAACCGUCGAUGGUUUUACGACUACCGUAUUCGCCUACGGCAGCACCGGCUCUGGGAAGACGCACACCAUCAGUGGGACAGACGAGGACCCCGGUGUGCUACCACGCGCCGUAAGGCUGCUGUUCGAGCGGCUGGAGUCGGAUAUGGCGGCCGGUUCGGACAAGGCCUUCAUGGUUUUCCUGACGUACGAAAGACGGACCUAG